AUGCCAUAUAAAUCGCUCAGUCUUGCGGCCGCCAUCGCAACCGCUGGACGAGUUGCUGCCAUCAGCAAUGGACUGGCUGAUACACCUCCGAUGGGCUGGAACAACUGGAAUGCCUUCGCAUGCGAUGUCUCCGAAGACCUCCUUCUGGGCACAUCUGAGCGUGUCGUCAGCCUGGGUCUCCGCGAUUUGGGCUACAAUCAUGUAGUCUUGGAUGACUGCUGGCAAGAUGAGAAUGGUCGCGAUGCCAAGGGAAAGCUCCAGCCAAAUCUCGCAAAGUUUCCUAACGGACUGAAAUACGUCUCGGAUCAUCUUCACAGCCAGGGACUCAAGUAUGGCAUGUACUCCAGUGCUGCUGGCUCUCUCGAUCAUGAACACGAUGAUGCUCAGAGCUUCGCGUCAUGGGGCGUCGACUUUCUCAAAUACGACAACUGCUACCAUAUGGGCCGCAUGGGCACACCGCAAAUCUCCUUCAACCGCUUCAAAGUCAUGGCCGACGCCCUCAACGCGACAGGCCGCCCCAUUGCCCUCAGCCUCUGCAACUGGGGCGAAGACUACGUUCACACGUGGGGAAUGUCCAUCUCAAACGCAUGGCGCAUGUCAGGCGACAUCUACGAUGCCUUCACCCGCCCCGACGACCUCUGCAGUUGCAACCAGGCUGCGGACCCCUUCUGCAUCGCGCCCGGAACCCACUGCUCCGUCCUCUUCAUCAUCAACCGCGUCGCCACCUUUGCCGACCGCGGAAUCCCCGGCGGCUGGAACGACCUCGACAUGCUCGAGGUCGGCCAGGGCGGCAUGACGGACGAGGAAUACAAGGCGCACUUUGCCCUCUGGGCCGCCCUCAAGUCGCCGCUGAUGCUCGGAAACGAUUUGCGGGAUAUGCCCGCCGAGGCGCUGAGUAUCGUUAACAACCCGGCCAUCAUCGCCAUCAGCCAGGAUCCCCACGGCCGUAGCGCGUUGAGGGUGAGGAGGGAUGUUGGAGGGGAUCUGGUCCCGGACGAGUUUGGCGUUGCCGAAGCGCAGGUCUGGAGUGGGCGGUUGGAGAACGGGGACCAGAUCGUCAUCUUGCUCAACGCUGCCGGCGCGGAGAUUGAGAUGCAGUCCUCGCUCGCGGAAAUAUUUGUGGCAGAUGGGCCUGGAGGUUCGGCGCCGCAGGUGAAAUCGAAAUGGGCGGUCCACGAUCUUUGGGCCGAUAGGAUGCCCACGGACAUGGCUGAGUCGCUGUUCACGGCUGAGGGCCACGAUGCGCGGGUCAAGAUUCUACGGGAUGCGAAGUGGUAUAAUGCUACAGAGACUCCUUACGCUCUCGGUUUGGAGAAGGAGGACCCGAGGUUAUUUGGUCAAAAGAUUGGCGAAGUCAAGGCCACAGGUGUGUUGAAGGCUUCGGUGCCCAGUCAUGCGGCCAAGGUGUUCCGUUUGAGGAGGAUCGCACAACCUGGAGAUGGCUUCAAGGCCAAGAGCCAUGACCGUACGCAAAGAGCUGUGAAGGACGAACUAUGA